AUGGGUUGGGAAGGACAAUUCGAGCCUAACGGCACAGAAGGCAAAAACUUCUACAUCCCCAUGUCCAACAGGACUGGGAUUGUUAGAAGUCCCUUUGAAUACCAGCAGUAUUACAUGGUGGACCCGAUUUGGUACAGACUUUUGGCUUGUUACAUGUUCUUCCUGAUCUGCACCGGAACUCCCAUCAACGGCCUGACAUUGUUGGUCACAGCUCAGAACAAGAAGCUCCGACAACCUCUCAAUUAUAUCCUGGUCAACUUGGCCGUGGCUGGUCUCAUCAUGUGCGCUUUCGGAUUCACCAUCACAAUCACGUCUGCCGUCAAUGGCUACUUCAUUCUGGGACCCACCGCCUGUGCGGUCGAGGGAUUCAUGGCUACGCUGGGAGGUGAAGUUGCUCUCUGGUCCCUGGUGGUCCUGGCUGUGGAGAGAUACAUUGUCGUCUGCAAACCUAUGGGAAGUUUCAAGUUCACUGGGACCCACGCUGCGGCUGGAGUUGUCUUCACCUGGAUCAUGGCUUUUGCAUGUGCUGCACCUCCAUUGGCCGGCUGGUCGAGAUACCUCCCUGAGGGCAUGCAGUGCUCCUGCGGACCUGACUACUACACCCUGGCUCCAGGCUUUAACAACGAAUCCUACGUCAUCUACAUGUUUGUCGUCCACUUCUUUAUUCCCGUCUUCCUCAUUUUCUUCACUUAUGGCAGUCUUGUACUGACAGUCAAAGCUGCUGCAGCCCAGCAACAGGAUUCAGCUUCCACCCAAAAAGCUGAGAAGGAAGUGACACGUAUGUGCGUGCUGAUGGUCUUUGGCUUCUUAGUGGCUUGGGUCCCAUAUGCUACCUUCGCUGGGUGGAUCUUCAUGAACAAAGGGGCUUACUUCGCUCCUUUGACUGCUGCUCUCCCUGCCUUCUUUGCAAAGAGCUCUGCCCUGUACAACCCAGUAAUCUAUGUGCUGAUGAAUAAACAGUUCCGUAACUGCAUGCUGAGCACUAUUGGAAUGGGCGGCAUGGUGGAGGAUGAGACUUCAGUUUCCACGAGCAAGACAGAAGUGUCUUCUGUGUCUUAA